UGUAUUUGUCACCAGUCAGUGAUUUAUCGCCCAGUCACGCGUCCCACCCACACCACUGUUUGUGUUCCGUAUAAAUGAGAAGCGGUAGACUUCUGGGUUUAACCACUGGCCCUGCACUUUGUGGUGUCUCUAUUUCUAGGGGACUUUUUCGGACUUUUUUACUUUUUUACGUUUUGCUUUCACUUUUCCACACGUUAAGUGCGUGCGAGCAGAGCGUGCCUCAGUCGUCGCGGGACCACCAGGAAAACCGUACAUCAUCAGUUAUGGCCGCCAUCAGCAGCUCAAACACAGGUUUUGCCUUGGAGCUGUUCCGCACUCUGAGCCAAGCAAAUCCCACCGGGAACAUCUUCGUCUCCCCGCUGAGCAUCAGCUCGGCCCUGGCUAUGGUUUACCUGGGUGCUGAAGGAGACACUGCUGCUCAGAUGGCACAGGCCCUCUCAUUCAGCUCUGGUGAAGGCGUCCACACAGACUUCCAGACACUGAACGCUGACAUCAACUCGCCAUCUGCAUCAUACAUCCUGAAACUAGCCAACCGUCUCUACGGAGAAACUACCGCCAACUUCCUCCCGCAAUUCCUCAACGCCACGCAGAAGCACUACCAGGCAGACCUGAAGGCUGUUGAUUUCAUCGGGGCUUCAGAGGCGUGCAGAGCGGAGAUCAACAGCUGGGUCGAGCAGCAGACAGAAAAUAAGAUCAAAGAUCUUCUGAAGCCAGGAACAGUCACCCCUAUGACAAGAUUGGCUCUGGUUAAUGCUAUCUACUUCAAGGGCAACUGGAUGAAUCGCUUUGAUGUGGCAAACACCAAAGAGAUGACCUUUAAAGUCAACCAGAAUGAGGCCAAGCCGGUCCAGAUGAUGUACCAGAUGAAGAAGCUGCCCUACAACUACAUUCCUGAGCUCGGUCUGCAGGUCCUGGAGCUGCCGUACGUGGAUGAGGAGCUCAGCAUGUUCAUCCUGCUGCCUGAGGAGUCCGCGGACGGCUCUGACCCUCUGCUGAAGCUGGAGACUGAGCUAACAAGGGAGAAGCUGGACGAAUGGACCAACAGGGAAAACAUGGACGUCCACUCAGAAGUCCUGGUUCACCUGCCCAAGUUCAAGCUGGAGGAAGACUACGAGCUGAGUGAGCCUCUGUACAAACUGGGCAUGAAAGACGUGUUCUGUGCGGCGAAGGCCGAUUUGUCCGGCAUGAACGGCGAUCGAGGACUCUUUCUGUCUACGGUGGCCCACAAGGCCUUUGUGGAGGUGAACGAGGAGGGGACGGAGGCGGCUGCAGCCACAGCAGGCAUGAUAGCAUUCUGUAUGUUGAGGGAGGAACACUUCACAGCGGACCACCCCUUCCUCUUCUUCAUCAGGCACAAUAAGACCAAGUCCAUCCUCUUCCUCGGCAGGUUCUCGUCUCCUCAGUAGACAGAACCAGCAGAAGAAGAUGUUGGGCCAAUUCAAAUAAAAAAUGUGCAAAAUCCUUAAAAUGAAAGCUUAAUUUUCUGUGAUGUUUUGCCAAUUGAAGAACUGCAUUAUUUGUUUGCAUUUGCACUGGAAUCCUAUUCCAGUAAAUAAGUAUUUUUGGUUGAAUGAAUGCGUUAUAAUAAAAAGAAGAAAAAAAAAGAAAACAAAUGUAUUUGUAAUUUGGCUAAACUGAUCAUUUUUGUUAACAGAAUGAACACCACAUCAAAACUUAAAAUGGAUUGAAAGUUUCUCAAUCUUAAUAAAAAUAGUACUAAGAUUGUUAUAUUUGGACAAACUGACCUAUUGGAUGAUGUUCCCGGUGAGAUCAAAAUCGACCUUUUGUUAACAUAGCAGAAAAAGCCGCUUUCAUGUCUGCAUUUUUUUCUCAUGUUACAAUAAGUCAAUAUAUGAUCCAGCUUUUUAAAGUGAGCUGCUGUUCUCUUAAGGGGCAUCCCUCAGACAUCAAGAGUUACUAACUGCUGACCUUUAUAGGUGAGAACAGGUCAUUGCACCAGCCAGAGCAAAGUGUAAAAAAGGCCAUCUCUG